AUGAGAUGGUUGAGUGCUUGUGCUCAGGAAGUGACCAGUGUCAUUGUGUUUGAGAUCACACCCUCCAAAAUGUAUUCCAUCAUGGCGGAUGAGGCAAGAGAUGGUCGGUCAGAGCAGCUGGCUGUUUGUGUUAGGUAUGUGUCAGAGGGGGAGGUAAAGGAACGGUUUCUAGCACUUUCAGAACUGAUGUCCUUUGAUGCCCAGUCCAUUGCAGACAAGCUACAGGAGCAGCUCCAGAUCAAUGGCCUUGCUCAUGUCAAGUGUGUGGCACAGACUUAUGAUGGUGCCGCGGUCAUGAGUGGACCCAUAGGAGGCGUGCAGGCACGUUUUAGAAGGCUUCAUCCUGAAGCUAUCUAUAUACACUGCUAUGCACAUGAGCUCAACCUAGUGUUGUGCCAUACUUGCAAGGCUGUUACGGAGGCUAUGGAGCUAUUUGCUUUGUUGGAGAGUGUGUAUUCUUUUUGCACCACCUCUCUAGUGAAUCACCAUUCAAAGUUCAAAGAUGCUCAGUCCAGGCUUGGGUUGGCAGCAGUAGAGCUUGUACAACUUUCCAACACACGUUGGGCAUGUCGGCUGCAAUCAAUCAAUGCAGUGCUUCAGACCUUACCUGCCAUAUUUGAAUGUCUCUCUGUCACUGGGUCUCCCUUGGCUAUUGGAAUCAAAGCAAAGCUAUCAAUGUUCUCAACCAUCUAUGCUUUCUUGAUGUUUCAGACACUUCUGUCCAUCACUCAAGGACUCCACAAACUCCUUCAGAAGGAGACAUUAGACCUGGCAGAAGCUCUGAUUUGCAAAGAUGCUGUGUGUGAUACUCUCAAAAGUAAACGCACAGAUGCAUUUGCCACCGAAAUGUUUGAGAGAACCAAGGCACUCUGCCUCACACACAGCAUUCCAGAACUACAUGCCAAGAAAAGGCAGAAACAGAGAAAAAUGGAAGAUUUUUUGUGUGAGACAACCUUAGGUUCACGCACUGAGUUAAUGGUUGCUGAGCUUGAUGAAAGAUUUGCCAGUGUAGAUACAGGACUCCUAAAAGGCAUACAGGCAUGCAGCCCUAAAUCUGAGACCUUCUUGAAUGAAGUGAACCUGAAAGAACUUGCUGGGCACUAUAACACUGACCUGAAAACAGGGCAGGUCCUUGUUGCCAGAAACUUCAUUGCUCGCAAAGCAGAUGCUGGGAAUCCAUCCCAAGACAUGCUAGCUGUGUACAACCUUCUAAACACAGACAUGUUUCCCUCUCUGAAAGAGGUCCUCCAAGUUGCUCCAACUGUGCAUGUAAGUAGCUGCUCAUGUGAAAGGUCCUUCAGUGCACUGCGUCGGUUGUACACAUGGCUGCGUCAAACAACGGGGCAGAGAAGGCUCCAUAACCUCGCAGUCAUGGCUAUUGAAAAUGGCAUACUAAGUCAGCUGAGUGACAGCAAAGUCAUAGACCGUUUUGCCACUCUGAAAAACAGAAGGCACUCUUUGAUGCUUCCACCCACAAAGUAG